AUGGCCAAUAAGGAACCGCUUUUUGGCUUUCUGCCAAGAUCCGUUACUGCUCAGCAAGUUACGAAGGCAAUGGAAGGAGACAUCAACCCAUUCACUAAGCAGCCACAUUCGCCUCAGUAUAAGAAAAUCUUGGAAGCACGGAAAAAGCUACCUGUCUAUGCACAGAUGGAGGAGUUCCUCAAGAUGUUCAGCAACAAUCAGGUUAUCGUUAUGGUGGGAGAGACGGGAUCAGGAAAGACUACACAGAUCCCCCAAUUCGUCUGCUACUCCGACCUUCCUCACACUAAGGGAAAGCUCGUGGCGUGUACACAGCCCCGUCGUGUCGCGGCGAUGUCAGUGGCGAAGCGAGUUGCUGACGAAAUGGAUGUUCAACUCGGAAAGCAAGUUGGAUAUUCGAUUCGGUUCGAAGACAUGACAGAGCCCGGGACAACAUUUCUUAAAUAUAUGACGGAUGGGAUGUUACUGCGGGAGGCAAUGAAUGACCCGGACCUCUUACGAUAUUCGACGAUCAUCCUCGACGAAGCGCAUGAGCGCACGCUUGCUACCGAUAUCUUGAUGGGCCUGCUGAAAGCGCUCGCCAAACGGCGAUCCGACUUGAAGAUCAUUGUUAUGUCCGCGACGCUCGACGCACUGAAGUUUCAAAAGUACUUUUCAGUGUCGAAGGAUGGAGAGCCUGCACCCCUGUUCAAGGUCCCAGGUCGCACGCACCCCGUUGAGGUGUUCUACACGCAGGAGCCGGAGCCGGACUACGUCGAGGCGGCAAUUAGGACAGUGUUGAUGAUACACAGGGCCGAAGACCCUGGGGACAUCCUUCUCUUCUUGACAGGAGAGGAGGAAAUCGAAGACUCUUGUAGGAAAAUCAAACUUGAAGCCGACGAUCUUAUGAACUCCGAUCCCGAUGGUGUUGGCCCGCUGACGUGCAUACCGUUAUACUCAUCCCUCCCGCCACAGCAGCAACAACGUAUCUUUGAUCCACCGCCACCUCCCCGCACUCCAGACGGCCCUCCAGGAAGGAAGAUAGUUGUGUCGACGAACAUCGCCGAAACCUCGCUCACAAUUGACGGUAUUGUAUACGUCGUUGAUCCGGGGUUUUCGAAGCAGAAAGUGUACAAUCCUCGUAUACGCGUGGAAUCGUUGCUUGUCAGCCCUAUAUCAAAGGCGUCUGCACAGCAGCGUGCAGGUCGAGCGGGGAGAACAAGGCCCGGAAAAUGCUUCAGGUUGUACACGGAGAAGGACUUCAUGAAGGAGCUGGAGGAGCAGACACACCCGGAGAUCUUGAGGAGUAACUUGGCCAAUACUGUAUUGGAGCUGGUGAAGCUAGGAAUCAAGGAUCUUGUGCGGUUCGACUAUGUCGAUGCACCAGCACCCGAGACCCUGAUGCGUGCUCUGGAGUUGCUGAACUAUCUGGCUGCGUUGAACGACGAGGGCGACCUCACGCCUCUUGGAUCGAUGAUGGCUGACUUUCCACUCGAUCCUCAGAUGGCGAAGAUGCUUAUCGUUAGCCCUGAAUUCAACUGCAGUAAUGAAAUUCUUACGAUUGUUGCCAUGCUUUCUGUUCCGAACGUCUGGCUACGGCCGCCAAAUAUGCGGAAGGAGGCCGAUGCUGCGAAAGCACGGCUGACUGUGCCUGACGGAGAUCAUCUUACCUUGCUGAAUGUUUACAACAAUUACAUGCAAAAUCAACAUGACAGGAAUUGGGCGUGGAACAGCUACCUCUCACAGCGAGCACUUGCGCAGGCAGACAACGUCAGGUCGCAGCUGCAGCGCACGAUGGAGCGAUUUGAAAUCGAUCUGGUGUCCACGCAGGACGAGCGAAGGUUAUAUGCGAAUGUCCGGCGGGCACUCGUGUGCGGGUACUUCAUGCAGGUAGCACACAAAGAGGGAGAGAAGGGUGCCUACUUGACUGUGAAGGAUAAUCAAGUAGUGCAACUACAUCCGUCGUGCGGGUUGGAUACCCAGCCGGAAUGGGUUAUCUUCAAUGAAUUUGUCCUUACUACGAAGCCGUACAUACGUACUGUGACGGAUGUCCGCCCAGAGUGGCUUUUGGAAAUGGCGUCGACAUACUUCGACCUGGACGCUUUUCCAGACGGCGAGACGAAGCGCGCUUUGAAACGGACACAGGCGAAGCGCAAGAGAGGUUCAGAAGAGGUUGUCUCCAAUGAGAAAGACGUCCACAUCUUUAUUGGCUUGAAUGCCACCCGCGCACUUAGCAUCAUCUCCCUGAUCUUACUCUUUGCGAGCAGCAUUGUCACUCUUGUGCAAGACAUCAAGGCCGUCAACGCAUUUAUUGCUGCAGGGAAAACUGACUACGUCGCCUCUGGAAACUCGACGAUUGAUUGCUCACAGCUGGAAUACAUCCCUAAUAGCACUGUACCCAAUCAGCCGGCUGGCGCGUUCUGGGCGGUCCUCAAUCGACUCUUAAUCAUGUUCCAAGCCGUCGUACUUAUCAUGUCCGAGGUUGGCUGGCCAGCUGCGUUCUUCAACCGCUUCUUCCCCAUACUCGGAGAUGAGUUUGGACUCGGUGCCCUGGGUGUCAUACAGUGCCUACUUGGAGCUGCUGUGCUCUCACACUUCGUUGACGAGUUUUCUCUCGUCUCCGCGUUCCUUGUUUUCUCGCUUGGCUGUCUGAACAUUUUCCUUGGACUUAUCUUCCGCGAGAAGGCCAAGCCCUAUCGCUCGCUCACUUCGUGGAACGCCACCGAUGAUGUCCUACCGCGCACGUCCCUGCACUCUGGGCCGCGCCCCUUCCUCACAGGCACCAACACCGGCUCGACGUGGAACGAGAAGGGCACCUUCGCAGCGCGGAAUGCGAGCCUAAUGAGCCAGAAGAAAGGGAUGGGUUUCGGGCGGAAGGGUGAGGAAGCUGCACUUCAGCGAGGACACACUUUGACUCGGCCCCAGGAGGCGCUUCCGCCCUACGCCUCUCCUCGACCGGCAGCCCCCGUUCCACUACUCUACCGCAAAGUGAGCGGUCCUCAGUCGGAACCCGAAGCUCGUGGUGAACCCACGCAUGCCGCGCCACGCCCUACCUCCGAACUGACUUACAUGGACCCUAGCGAUACUCAGCCUGCUGAGGAUGCUGAGGAUGAAGCGCAUGCGGUUUGA